AUGACUGUAUCCCCUGGAAACAGAGCAAAGGAAAUCAGCAGUCUAGACUCAGGCAGCAACAAGUUAGCGAUUGAGAGAGCCCUGGAUGUACAAUGGUGUAUUGAAUCAGAUACAUUUAAACUCAGAACUGAGUUAAAGGACAAACCAUGCGCCCGUAGAGGUAUACUGACAACCAUAAACUCGAUCUUUGACCCACUAGAGCUCACUGCACCUGUCGUCCUUGUUGGGAGGCAGAAACAUAAAGAGAUCUGUGUCAGGAAAAGCUGGGAUGAGCCAAUCAAUGGAGAAGUUCUUGCUAAAAAGGAAAGGUGGAGAAAUCAGUUACUGUUAUUUGAGCAGCUGGGCAUCCCAAGGCACUUCAAGCCUCCUGAUUUUGGAAGAAUUGCCACUGUGCAGCCACAUGAAAAGUCAGAUGCAUCGCAAAGGGGAUACGGACAAUGCUCUUAUCUCAGGUUGAUUGAUGAAAAUGGUAGAAGUCAUUGUUCCCUCGUAAAGGCUAAGGCACGUGUAGCACCACUGAAAAUAGUAACUAUUCCAAGACUUAAACUGACUGCAGCAACUGUUUCAGUAAGAGCUGCAACGAUGCUGAAGGAAGAGUUAGAUUAUGAGGAACUUCAUGAAUUCUAUUGCGUAGAUAGUAAGGUCAUGCUUGGAUUCAUCAGAAAUGAGUCUCCGAGGUUCCAGGUGUAG